AUGUUUGUGUCUAAACAACAGACGAAAGCUUUUCUUCUAUCAAAGUUUUCUUCCCUAGACUGCAGUGCGGCUUCUCUCCUUCCUGCUUCUUGCCGGCACGCCGUUGGGCCCCAAACAGCUUUUGCUCAAUCAGUGACAUCACACAAUGGCCACUUGGCCGUAUGGACUGAACAAGGGCACAUGCUACCUUCAGGGCGAGCCAGGCCGCUCCGGAGUCAAGGGAAGCCUCGAGGUCAUAAAGAUGGGAUUCCGUUUGAUGGCGUGGCCGAACAAGGGCAGACGACAAGGUGCCGUCAGCAUCAAGAAAAACACUGUGUUAUGGAUGGUCUAAUUCGAUCCAGUCAUCCGGGCCAACAUCGCCCACCGGGAUUGAGUGAAGAGGUCAAAUCAGCAUCGAGGCAAUAUCGGCCCUACACGUUCACAUGGUAUGCAUAA